AUGGCCGACCACAUGAACGUUCAGAUGGAAGGCGUUACUGCUACGCCGCCCACCACGGGACAUACCACCGCAUCGGAAAUCUCCACCUUCGAGCAGCUUAUCGCACGCAUUCGAGAGCUCGAGGGCCGGACCGAGCAGACCGAGGAUCAGAUCACUGCGAUCCACCCAGGCCCGAGACAGGUGGCUAAGUUCCCGGUACCAGAGCGCUAUGGCGGCGGGAAGGGGGAGCUUAGAGGGUUCCCAAUCCAGCUCAAGACCUAUUCUCGUCACUACCCAGACAUGUUCACCACCGAGGAGUCCAAGGUGCUGUUCGCAGCCAGCAGACUCAAGGAAGUGUUUGGAGAGUACGAUGAGAAAAGGCGUGCGCAGGAGAAUCUCGCAAGCCUGCGCCAGACACGCUCAGCAGCCGACUACGCGGCUGCGUUCAAGAUCGACAGCCUACGCAGCAAAAUCAACGAUGCGGGGUUGAUGCAGUUUUUCUACAACGGCCUCAAGGAAGAAGUAAAGGGUGAGUUAUGUAUGAAGUCGAGACCCGACACUAUCGACAAGUAUAUCGCCAUGGCCAUACGUAUCGACGAUAGGCAGUUCCAGCGUCGCACGGAGAAGAGAGGCAAUACGCGGGGUCACUACGGCAACAACCGUUCCAACGAUAAGCGCAAACGGCAAUACCCCAGUACUGGCUACUCCAGCACUACCCACGCAGGCCCUAUAGAGGUCGACGCUUUUCAGCAACACAGGCCUCAGGGCUGGGGCCAGGGCAGGGAUAACCUCAAGUGUUUUAACUGUGGGAAGACAGGACACUUUAAGAAGGACUGUCGGGCACCCAAGCAACUUAAGUGGAAGAAGGAGGCUGCAGUAGCAACCAUAUCGUAA